AUGUUUCUCUCUGUCACUAUUCAUCUGUCUCUCUCUCGGCUUCUCUCUCUCUCUAUCUCUAUUCAUCUGUCCCUCUCUCGGCUUCUCUCUCUCUCACACUCACUCUCUCUCUCUCUCUCUCUCUCUCUCUCACACACACACACACUUUUGUCUUUGAUUCAACUCGUUUCUCACUUUUCUCGUCUCUCUUCUAACGUUGCCACACCAUUCUUCAGUCUCUCUCUCUCUCUCUCUCUAUUUGUCUUUGUCACUCUUUUCUUUCUCUUAAUCUUUUUUCUCUCUUUCACAUUUUCUUUUCACUGCUUUUCUCUUUACUCUUCUUUUCCUUACCUUUCUCUUUUCUCUUUUAUCUGUUUCUCUAUCCCAAUAUCUCUUUCUCCCUGCUGCUUUUCUCUCACUUACUCUUUUCUCUUCUCGCCAUCUCCCUCGCGCUGGCAUUAUCACUUCUUAUCAGUGCUUUCGUUUUUUCUUCCCUCUAUCUUUCUCACUUCCAAUGUGCAUGAGGAAUUUAGUGAAAAGGAACGAGGUACUUUCCUCAUUAUCUUUCUUGCUUCCUCCUUUUUCUUUAUAUUUUUCUACUUUGCUAUUUCUUUCUCAUGUAUCUAUUUAAACACUUCUCUAACCCCCCCUCUCUCUCUCUCUCUAUCUUUCGCUCUCUUUCUCUCUCUCUCUUCGUCUUCUCACUCUUUUUAA